AUGCCUGCUAUAUAUCAGGCGAGGUUAUCGACAUUAUCAACGGCUGCAAUCCGAGUAUCUUCCAAGUUUACGAACACCUCGUACCUUCCCACAACCCUCUCGAGACGAAUUUCCAGCGCUGUUAUAUCACGGCCUUGGAUUGAUGCUUUUCCUGCAAUUUCUCUAGUCAUCCCGGAAUGGAUUGGAGAUGUUUGGGAAUCAGUACUGCGCGCAGUCCCAAAGAAGAAGACGUCACACAUGAAGAAGAGGUCGCGUCAGCGAGCUGGGAAGGCGUUGAAAGAUGUUACAUCCCUGGGUAGAUGUUCAGGAUGCGGCCACACAAAGAGAGCACAUGUUCUAUGUCCCUAUUGUGUCAAGGAGAUAAGAGACAUGUGGAAGGGACUUGCUGAGAAAAAGACGGCAGAGAAGCCUGCCAACCCGUCGGAUACUUGA